AUGGCCAGAGAGUUAUAUCGCUAUGACCCGUCCCUUGCGGCGGCCGUCAUCUUCAUCAUUAUAUUCGCGGCAUCGGCACUGUUUCAUUCCUGGCAGCUUGUCAGGACCAAGAACUGGUACUUUAUCCCGUUCGUUGUUGGUUGUCUUGCCGAAGCCAUAGGUUGCAUUGCAAGAGCCAUCGGCGCCAAAGAAAGCCCUGACUGGACUUUAGGGCCGUUCGUUAUUCAGUCACUGCUGCUUCUCCUUGGACCCACCAUCUACGCCGCAUCCAUCUACAUGGUCCUCGGCCGUUUGAUUCAGCUCCUGGAAGCCGAUAAACAUUCACUUAUUCGGCCGAACUGGCUGACCAAAUUUUUCCUUCUUGGAGACGUCAUUUCCAUCGCAGCACAAGGAUUGGGUGGCUCAAUGCUGGCCAGCGCGGACAACCAAAAGGAGAGAGACAAAGGCGAGACCAUUAUCAUUAUCGGCCUUGCUGUUCAGAUCCUCUUUUUCGGCCUCUUCAUGAUUUCGACCUUGAUCUUCCACCGCCGUAUCAACCGAGACCCCACCCAGAGGAGCCUGGUCAUCACCGUUCCCUGGAGAAGGCUUCUCGUGGUCCUCUACGUCACCAGUCUACUCAUCCUCGUGCGAUCCGUCUUUCGAGUGAUUGAAUACGUCAUGGGCCACGAUGGCGUGCUCCAGUCCAAAGAGGUUUUUAUCUACGUAUUCGAUAUCCUGUUGAUGGCAGGAGUGGCCAUCAUCUUCAACGUCUUCCACCCAUCCGAGGUCCUCACCGCCCCAAGAAAGGAACGAGGGAGGAGCUCGGAUUCGGAGAUGCAGCUGGGAGGCUACGGUCAAGUUCGCAGCGGUUGA